AUGUUUGUUGGGCAAGAAGGUGAUGCAACACCAUUUACUGAUGUAACAGUCGAAGCCAUAUCACAAAGUUUAAGGAGUCAUGGAUAUCAAGGUCGUGGAUUUGAAGUCAUGUAUAAUGCUCAUACAGGUCGUAAAUUGGCAGCACAAAUAUUCAUAGGUCCAACAUAUUAUCAACGGCUAAAACAUAUGGUGGAUGAUAAGAUUCAUUCAAGAGCAAGGGGGCCUGUACAAAUUCUUACAAGACAACCUGUAGAAGGACGUAGUCGUGACGGAGGUUUACGUUUUGGUGAAAUGGAACGUGAUUGUAUGAUAUCUCAUGGUACAGCUAUGUUCUUGAAGGAACGUCUAUUCGAUGCAUCGGAUGCUUAUCGUAUCCAUGCUUGUGAUAUCUGUGGAUUAAUGGCAAUUGCAAAUCUUAAAAAAAAUACAUUCCAAUGUAAAUCAUGUUUCAAUCUAAGGGUAGUUUCUUUUGUGGGUUUUUGA